CGUUAUUCCGCACGCGGACACCAGCACGGCGCUAUCACUUAGCUGCGUCUAACUUCCGCUCUGCUAAUCCCUCCCGGGCGGGUCGUCGCUGAGUAGCAUGCAAAACAUGUUGACCAUUAUCUCCAACGCGCUGUGCAGGAUGGCGGGCAGGAACGUGGGAGCCCAAACAGUGUCCGAGUUGCUGGUCGACCUGUCAGAGUACGUCAAUGUAACGUCGUCGCCACCGGCAACGCCCGCCUCGGCGCAGACGCGGCGGCAGCCGCCCGAACCACCGCCACCGGUCUGUGCGCCGUUAGAUAGAGACCAGGCAGACAGACCAGGGGGCCGAGUCGUUGUGUCUCGCUCAUUCGCCGACUUCAACUCUACGGCGACCUUUGACAUCAAGAAAUGCGACGUGCACCGCCUGGAGGAGGCGCCCCCGCUGAAGGCGGAGCUGACCCGGGAUCAGGGCCUGCAGUACUACCGCGUCAUGCAGACGGUGAGGCGCAUGGAGCUGAAAGCUGAUCAGCUGUACAAGCAGAAGAUCAUCCGAGGCUUCUGCCACCUGUACGACGGCCAGGAAGGGUGCGCGGUGGGCAUCGAGGCCGCCAUCAACCCCACGGACCACCUGAUCACCGCUUACGGCGCCCACGGCUACACCUACACCCGGGGCAUCUCCGUCAAGCAGAUCCUGCCCGAGCUCACGGGUGAGCGGCGACGAGUUCGGGACCGAGCGGCGACGAGUCUCCAUUUUUCAGUCCGUAUAAAGUGCGUUUUCUCUCCCCCCCCCCCCCCCCGAUCCCACCAGGGCCAGCUGUUUGAGUCCUUCAACAUGGCCGCCCUCUGGAAGCUGCCAUGCGUCUUCAUCUGCGAGAACAACAAGUACGGCAUGGGCACGUCUGUGGAGAGGGCUUCAGCCAGCACCGACUACUACAAGAGGGGAGACUACAUACCGGGCCUCCGGGUGGACGGGAUGGACGUCCUGUGUGUCCGAGAGGCCACCAGGUUUGCUGCAGAGCACUGCAGGUCUGGAAAGGGUCCCAUUAUAAUGGAGCUGCAGACUUACCGUUACCAUGGACACAGCAUGAGUGACCCGGGCGUCAGUUACCGCACGCGGGACGAGAUCCAGGAAGUGCGCAGUAAGAGCGACCCCAUCACCAUGCUGAAGGAGCGCAUGCUCAGCAACAACAUGGCGUCAGUGGAGGAGUUCAAGGAGAUCGACGUGGCGAUCCGUAAGGAGGUGGAGGAGGCGGCUCAGUACGCCACCUCCGACCCGGAGCCGCCGCUGGACGAGCUGUGCAACCACAUCUUCAGCAACGACUCGCCGCUGGAGGUCCGGGGCAUCAACCCCUGGGUGAAGCUCAAGUCCGUCAGCUAGAGACACACACGCACACACACACACAUGGGCCUCCGUCACUGACGCCCUGACCUCUAACAAGAAAUGACAUUCUCCAUUUCUAGACGAUUCUGCAUCCUAACUGGAUGUUGACCUGAAACCUUGUUAUUUAUUUAUAGUUUUAUAUAGAAAUAUGUUAUUUAUGUUUGUUAUUGUCCUCGUGCUGCUGCAGGGAUCUUUCAGGGCUGCUUCUCAUGCGCACAAAACUUUAUUCCCCAACAUUCUGUCUUUGUUUUAUAUUCCUCCUCAUUAGAAGGAUAUUUAGCAACUUUUAAAUGUUGUGAUUCUGCUCUAUGAAAUAUAUUCUCCUUUCCAGCCAGCAGUCAUUUUUAGACAAACUACGACUAAUAUUUUGAGUUCUUCUUAAAACGCUCACUUGUUGUUCUCAGAUCUUCUUUGUUUAGUUGAAAUGAUUUUUGCAGGAAGUGUAAAGCAGCUGAAAAUACACCACUAGUCAUGUAAAAGUACAUUUACUCUACACGAGGACAAGUGUGAGGUACUUUACUGUUUAACUUUCUACUUCACUCCAUGUCUGCACUUUUCAGAUUGAUACAAAGUCUUAUCAAUAAAUCACCUGAUGCAUUUUUGCACAUUAUGAACCCUGCAAGUACAAUAAAUACGUAGGACUCCU